AUGGCGGUCCCCGGCAGGGCUUGCGUGCUUCUGUCCCGGGUCGUUGGCGCUGGUGGCGCCCAAGCUCGGAGAAGCUGCUGUGAUGCUUUCAGGACGACGCAUAUAACGAAACGGCGGCCCUUGUCUUGCUGUGUCAUUGUUGCUGUCGUUGCAUAUACAUACCUCGCCCGUCCUCUCCGCGCGGAUGCAGCAUUCGCUCCACACUCCUCGCUUAACCCCAGAGCGGAUUCGGAUGGCCGGGACCCGAGCCGUCCGCGAUACCGCAUCUCGGAAGUCAGAAGCCACGGCGCCGAUUCUGACCGGCCUUGGGUGACGUAUGGGGACAAGGUGUACGAUAUCACGGACUGGAUACCUGCCCACCCCGGUGGCGAGGUUAUAUUAAGAGCCGCCGGAGGCAGCAUUGAUGUCUUCUGGGACAUCUUUGCUAUCCACAAACAGCCCUAUGUUCGGGAUAUAUUAGAGACCUACCUGAUUGGUUACGUCGCCACCGAGGAUCUUGUAGAUGGGAAGCUCCCUCAGGAUAAGAUUGAAGAUCCCUUCUUACAAGAUCCCGAGAGGCACCCUAGCCUCCUCACGCUAACUCAGAAACCCCGCAACGCCGAAACUCCCGGAGAUGACCUGGCCGCUAGCUUCCUUACCCCGAAUGACCUCUUUUACGUCCGAAACCACAUGUGGGUUCCCCAGAUUGACGGCACUGGAGCUGACCAUGCCGUCACCAUCGAGUUACCCGACGGAGAAAUUAAAUCCUACACACUGCAAGAGUUGAGGGAGAAGUUCCCAGCUUACAAAGUUACGGCUACGCUCCAGUGCUCGGGAAAUAGGCGCAAGCAUAUGACAAAUGCAGGUCUGAAAACGAAUGGCCUUCAGUGGAACGUAGGUGGUAUCUCCUCGGCCGAAUGGGAGGGCGUUCGUCUCGUCGACGUGCUCAAGGAUGCUGGUUUCCCCGUGGAGAAGCACCGAGAUGGCGGCGACACCGGCGCCAAGCACGUGUGGUUUUCUGGGCUGGAAGCCUAUGGAUCGUCGAUACCGCUGGACACCGUCGUCGAUCCUCGCGCUGACGUUUUACUCGCCUAUGGCAUGAAUGGAGAACCCCUCCCCCGCGACCAUGGCUUCCCCUCCGCGCGCUCCCCUUCACAGUGGCAGCGCCGGGACUACAAGCUCUUUGGUCCCAACGUGGGCGGUGCCGCCGACUGGGACAGCGCUCCUGCCAUCCAGGAGAUGCCCAUUACGAGCGCCAUAACCUCCAUCAAGGUCCAAAACGACGGGCCCGUGGACUGCAGCGAUCCGGACUUGCCAGAGAAGAUUGCGACGCUACAGGGCUACGCCUUUUCAGGGGGCGGCAAAAGAUUAGGAGACGACGGCGAGUCGCCCUGCAAAGGGAGAAAGAAUUGGAUCUGGCAGCGGUGGCGCUACGAUACCCAACUGCCCAUGGACGAGCAGCGGGGUGAUAAGUGGUGUUCUACGGUCGUGGUCAAGGCUACCGACGAGGUCUACAGCUCCCAGCCCGAGCACCACGAAGGCAUUUAUAACCUGCGAGGGAAUUUGGCGACGGCCUGGCACCGCGUCUCUGUCUGCACCGAGUGUAGGAAAUAA